CCGGUAACGCAGCCAGACAGCAGCUCGAGCUCGGUCAAACUUUUACUCUCAUCGAUCGAAACUGUUAUUAUUAAUAUUAUUAAACACAAUGAACUUGGUUUAAAGUCUUCAUCCUUAUUAAAACACUAAAGCGUUAAAUUGAAUCACAUGGAGUUUCUUUAAUCGCUGUUUGUGCUUCGACUGGAUUUGAACAUCAUGACGCCUGACCUGCUAAACUUUAAGAAGGGAUGGAUGUCUAAACUGGAUGAAAGUGGAGAGUGGAGGAAACACUGGUUUGUGCUGACAGAUGCUGGACUGAAGUACUACAGAGACUCAACAGCAGAGGAGAAGGAUGAAGUGGAUGGAGAGAUCGAUCUGAAGUCAUGUGUGAAGGUGUCAGAGUUUGAUGUGGAGAAGAACUAUGGCUUUCAGAUACAGACGAGAGAGGCCUUGUUCACGCUCUCCGCCAUGACAGCAGGUAUCCGCAGGAACUGGAUUGAAGUUUUGAGGAAAAGCAUUCGACCAAAUGGCUCUCCAGACCUCACACAGCUGCCCGACUGCAGCGCCGAUAAAGAGAACACACGGCACACUUCAUCGUAUCGUCAUCACAGCCAAUCGGAGGCCCCCUCCACCACAAACCCCACCCACAGCAAGUUCGACUACGUUGAGCUGUCACGUGUAGCUACAUCUACCGCCCCUACCUCUGCCAGUCAGAGAGAGUCUGGGGAGGGGCAAGUGAGAGAACACGGCCAAUGGCAGGAGGACAGAUCACGUGAUGCCUCUCACAGCCAAUGGGAGGCGGUGCUGUCACGAAAAGGGGUGGGGGAGCUGUCAGAACAGAGAAGAUUAGAAGAGGAGAUUGAGAAGAAAUGGGCGGAGUUUGAGCAGCUGCCACUCAAAGAGUUGAGGUCUUUUGCACCGAUGGGAUCGCGGCCUGGCCUGUUAGCCAAUCAGGCUCUGGAGAGGGAGGUGGCGUCUCUGAAGCAGCAGCUGGCGAUGCUGCAGGGGGGGAGGGAGGGGUCACAGAUGGGGUGGGUGGGGUCAGAUAGUCGGGCGUGCUGUGGUGCGGAGCUUAGUUGCAUUGACAGUUUACAUCAGAUGGAGCGGGUCCACAGGGAGGCGCUGGAGGAGAUGGAGAAACAUCACGCUCAACAGAUCAAAGCUCUAGAGAAAGAGAGAGACGCACUGCUGAGAGAAGAGACCGAGGCUACAGCACGAGUGAUGAAGGUGUUACAGAAAGCACACAGAGCAGAACUGGAGAAGACAACACAACUCGCUGACAGAGAUGGAACUGAUACACACACACAUAACAAACCACAACAGGCAGAGUUGGCGUCUCUCAGGAGAGAGUUGGAGGGUUUGUCUGAACGAUACUCUCAGAAGUGUUUGGAGUUAAAUGAAGCUCAGCAGCAAAGUAAAGAAAGAGAGAGACAGAUGAGCCAGAAAGACAGACAGCUGGAGCAGCUGAAGAGAGACAACCAGGAUUUACAGGUUCGUCUAUCAGAGGAGAUUAAAAUCAUUGGGUCUGGGGUCAGAGGUCAGGGGUCAGAUGAUGGUGUGACUGACGGCAGUGACAGGUCCUGGUGUGAGAUGCAGGUGCUUUUGCGUGUAAGAGAGAAUGAACUGCAGUACUUACAUAAAGAGCUCAGCUGUCUGCGAAACCAGCUGCAUUUCCUCACUACGGAGAAGAACAGUGUGUGUGAUCAGUACCGUGAUGUGUGUGAAGAGCUGAGUGUGAUGAAGAGCAGAAGUGAGCGAGAGAUCGAGACACUGAGAGAUCAUCUGAGAUUGGCACUGAACGCACUGCAGGACGGACAACACCUGGACAACAGCCUGCAGCACUGACGCACAACUACACAACACACACACACAUAUACUGGGAGGAGCCUGAACAAUCAUGUGCCUUUCAUUUCAAUCCAAUCAGCUGCAGGGAUUCACCUCAGCCAAUCAGCUAACAGUACACUGGACUAAAUCUGCUUAGCACUUUUAAUGUUUUUAUAUUAGAUGUUUAAGAGAGUUUGAUUUCUGCAGAUGAGAAAUUCAAAAACAACAGUAACAGUACUGAGUAACUGGACCACUUUUGUUUGUUUUUGUGUCUGUCUGCGCGUGUGUGCGUGCGUGUGUGUGCGUCUGUGUCUGUUUGUUACACCUAAACACACAAACUACAUUGAGUUGAGCACUGAUGGAAUAAAGUUGUUGGUCCGUCAGCAUCUCAUUUGGUUUUAUUUGCCAAAUCGUAAUUUUAAUGUGAUCAUGAGCCUCCUGUUAGUUUAAGCGCAUGAUAAUCCAACACUCCUGUAUGCACGUGUGCGUGUGUUUGUGUUGUAUGUGUGUGUGUGUGUUUAUUUGUUUACCUCUGUGCCACAAAAACCAGAGCUUUGCUUUAAUGAGCCAAUGUUUCUAAAGGUCUUUCUUGUUCUUGUUUUUAUAUUUAAUUAUAGGAGUUUACGGCAUAUCUAAAUGUAACAUGUUACAACCAAUAAAAGAUGGGUUAUUUGGUC